UGCGGGCGCUGCGCUGCUGCCGCCAUGAUCAUCCCCGUCCGCUGCUUUACCUGCGGCAAGAUCGUCGGCAACAAGUGGGAAGCCUACCUGGGGCUGCUGCAAGCCGAGUACACCGAAGGGGAUGCCCUGGAUGCGCUUGGCCUGAAGCGGUACUGCUGCCGCCGCAUGUUGCUAGCACACGUGGACCUGAUCGAGAAGCUGCUCAACUACGCGCCUCUGGAGAAGUGACGUGUGGUGCCCACCGCCCGCCGUGCUCACCCAGGGCGGUUGGCGCCUUGCCCCACUGCAUCCUGCCCACCGCCUGUGGGUGUGUGUCUUUGCUCUGGAAGGAACUGUCCAGUAAAGCUCUCUGUAGAACCAUGAGGAGAUCCUG